AUGGAGUAUAAAAUAUCUAAACCUCAUCGAUUAAAACGUCCAGAUCGUUGUUCAACUUAUAACAAAUAUCCCCUUUCAUCGUCUGUAACAGGACAGACAUCUUCUAACGCUAAAUCAAAUACGAUUAGUUCAGGUGACAAUAAUUGUAAUAAUAAUAACAGUGACAAUUUAACAUUUAAUGAUUGUGGUUCACCAGCAAAGAAAUCAUCUGAUCAAAAGACAUGGAAUAAUCCUAUAGACAAUGAUAAUGAAUUGAUAUGUUACUGUUGGACCAAUUCGGUAAUUAAUACACUUGACGGGUGUUCAAGUGAAUUAAAUCAAAUUUUAGAUACAUUAAAUGUAUCUGAUGUAAAUAAUGUUACAGUCAAUAAUGAUCCUAAUAACAAUAUUGAUGAUAUUAGUAAAUGUUUAAUGGACGAUGGAUUAUUGAUGGAUAUUAUCGCCGAUAAUGAUUCAUUUUCGUCAGAUCCGCUAAACUUUGAUUCAUCCUGGCCUAGAUCACCUUCGUCUUCAUCUGUAACUAAUACUACAAACAAUUCAUGUAAUUUCCUCGAUGAUUUUGGUUGGCCAACAUCUACUGGAUUAUACUUGUGCCUUUUACAACCUAUAAAUAAUUAUGGAUCAACACUUUACCCAUCCGCUGAAAAUACAGUGACUGAUAGUGGUGUUACUAACAGUAAAGACAUUGAAACUGUGUACAGUGAUAAACUCCCUAAUUCAUCUAUUUCUGAACCAAAUGAAGAGGAAGAAAAAUAUGAUUCUACUGAAAAACCCGAUUGUCUCCUUCCUUCUACAUUGUGUAAAAGUAUGGAUAGUAAUUAUUCUGAUGAAUCAGUACUAGAGUCAUCCAGCCUUGCCUUAUCAUCACCAUCAUCAUCAACACCGUCAUCAGUACCAACAUUAUCCAAACAAAGAAGUGAUUGUUCACAACCGAAAUCCACCCACUGUCUUACAUGUUUAAAUUUUGCACUCAAGAUUGAGACGAUAGAGGGGAAUUAUCAGGAGUGUUUCAAUGUUAAUGAGGACAGCAACCUAAUUGGCUAUUAUUAUUUGGAAUUUAUUCAUCCUGAUGAUUUACAACAAGUGAUUAAUAUUUUUGAUAAUGUAACACAUACCAGUUCUCCCAAAUGGAUCAGUCCAUAUAGAAUAUCAGUACCAAAUGAAAAUUUAAAUAUUCCAGUAGAAAAAUCAUUUCAAUGGAUACGUAGUUUAGUAUUUUACAAUAAAGUAAACAAAGUAUUUGUUUGUUUUCAUCGAUUCCUUGGAUUAUGCGAAUCCACGACACAUGCUGUCAGUUGCAAUCAACGACUAUUCUGUAAAGACUUUGAAAACUUACUUGCACAAUAUCAAUUAAAGACAAACAAUGACAAUCAAACACCGCAAGUUGAAGUGAGCCAACCAACUUGUAACACUUCAAACAAAUAUUCUGCUAAUCAGCCUAAAAAUAGACAAACUCGUUCAACACAUCCAUCCAUUCGUCCUGUUCGUAUGAAAUCUUCAACGACAAAUAAAAAAUCUACAAAUACAAUGGGGAAUAGCAGAAAUAAUAAUAAUAAUAUGAAUACUAAUUCCAGACCAGUUAAAUUCUUUCCUAUUCAGUCUAUUCGACCGAUAAAGCAAAGAUUACCACAAGGAUGUAAUCAGAUCGUUUAUGCAAAUAAUCCCAUAAAAACAAUUCAGUUCCCAUUAUUACAUAACUCCAAAAAUAUCCGUGUGCCUUAUUCAUCUUAUUCAAAUACUAACUUGUACAGCAGUAUUAAUAGUAACAACAACAACAACAAUAGUGCUAAUCAUUUUCUUAUUAACAGUGAAAACAGUAUGAAUUCUGUUCUGAAUAUUUCAGCAAUGAAAUCUUCACUUCGUCCUAAUUUAUCAACUAUCCCAUAUUUUUCUAGAUCUGUAUUACCAGUGGUUAGUUACAAACCAUCAUUAUCAUCAGUAUCAUCACCUUCAUCAUCCUCCUCCUCCUCGUCCUCACCAAAACGGAUAGUCUUUCUCUCCUCUUCCUCUUCACCUUCAAUAACAAUGUCUACUGUGCCAGGUUCUGUGAAGAAAUUUCAAUCCCUUACAACAUUUAGAUAUAAAAAUCGAACUAAUAAUAAAAAUGAUAGAUACACUGAUUAUCGGACUAUAAUACCCUGUACUACUAUCACUAAUAAUAAUAAGCGUUUCACAUAUUUACAGAUGAAUAAUUCUUAUAAUCAAAAGAUGUUAAUUCCUGAAACCAACCAAUCAUCGAAUACAUUUGAAACGAAUGGAAAAGGCAUGCAGCAUAAUGGUCAUUGUAAACCUGGUGAUAAUUUGUCAGUCUUAACAGAUAACUCCUCAUCUUCCCCAUCUUAUUCAGGAUAUUCUCAUGAUUCAAGUACUUCCAAUUGUGUUAGCCCAAAUGAUUUCAGUCUUACUGAUUUCGAUGUAAAUAUGCAAAUGGAAGCAACUGUCAGUGAAUUAUUGGCCUCAGUCCCAUCACCAUGUAAAUCAUCUUUUGAAGAGGAUAAAAUUAUGCAGAUAGAUUCAAAUUCUAGUUUAUAUGACUCUGAUGUUAUUCAGUAUGAUGAAUCAAGUUUCCCGCCAUUGACGGAUUCAAAUUUGGAUGGCGAAGAUUUCACUGGAUUUCAAUCGGAUUUCAUGAAUGAUUCGAUUAUUUUGAGUAACUGAGAUGAAUAAAUUAAAUAUUGUCAAGUAAAAGGGAAUAGAAAAUCAACGUUAAGGAGGGGACAAAUCAAAACAUUCAGCAAGCAUAUCUGACUUCUUUUUCUGUAUUUCUUUCCACCGACCAAAUAGAUCUUUCAUAUAUGUAUACAUAUUUAUGUGUAUUGCACACACUUUCUUAUUUCCUGCUUCUUUCUGCCUUCUCCUUAUAAAAAAAUGAGCAAUACUAUUCAAGGUAAUUAUGGUAUAUUAUUAUGUAUCCAUAAUAAUAGUUAUUAACUUAAUAAUAAUAAUAUUAAUGAUAGUAACUUCAUAAUUACUUAACUUGUGUAUAGUAAUUUAUUUUAUAACUCAGUGAGAUUCAACAAAUAUUUACAAGUAUAAUAUGAUAAUUUGCGUAUACUUUUACCUACCAACUGAUGACUUUAUCCACCUAUCAGUUUAUUUUUCAUCUUUAAUCCUUCAAUUGUAACACCUUCAAGCUACCUACCUACCUACCUAUGCUCCCUUUUCCUGCCAACUCCAGCUUACUAGAUCGUACUCACACUGUUUAUACUCUAAAGCAAAAAUGUCCUAUGUAUUAUACAAGUAAUCAAGUGUGUAUUGAAUGUGAGUACUGUUUUAUAUUGUAUACGAAAAUUUGAAUAAAAAACUCG